UCACGGUCUCGCGAGAUGCUGGUCUGCGACUAUAAAAGCGAGAUAAGAUCCUCAUUCUGAAAAGUUUACUCAUCGCAGCUGACAGGAAACUGAGUUUGUCGUCCGGAUUUAAAGACAGAAAUACUGUGAGAAACAUGCCUCCUGUGGAAAUAAUGAAUGAGAAUGUGGUUACUCGAGUAGCCAAGCUCCCACUGGUGAGCUCCACCUAUGGCAUGGUGUCAAGCUUGUACAGUAGCACCAAAGACAACCAUCCAACCAUCAAGUCUGUGUGCGAGGCAGCAGAAAUGGGUGUAAAAAUGAUCACUUCAGCUGCCUUCACCAGCGCCUCGCCAAUUAUCGGCAAGCUGGAACCUCAAAUCUGUCUGGCUAACGAUCUUGCCUGUAAGAGUCUGGAUAAAAUUGAGAAGACUCUGCCAAUCCUUCAACAGCCUUCUGGACAGCUUGUAAGCAGUGCUAAAGAUCAGGUCACCGAAACCGUGAAUGGGGCCAAGGAGACCAUGUCUAAUGUGAUGGUCCGCACCAGAGGAGUAGUGCAGGAGAGUGUGGAGAAGACAAAGCUGGUUGUCACUGGUGGUGUCCACACAGUGAUGGAGAGCAAAGUGGCAAAGCUAGUGAGCAGUGGUGUGUACAAUGCUCUGAGCACUUCUGAGAUUCUGGUAGAGCGUUAUCUGCCUGCACCUGAGGACAGCCAAGAACAAAAGAUUAAUAUGACCACAGGUUUCGCGGAUCAGACCGAUGAACCCAGCUACUACGUGCGACUGGGCUCAAUCUCUACCAAGCUGCGACAGAGGGUCUACCAGAAAGCUAUCAGCAAGGUUUAUGAUGCCAAGAAGAACAGCCAAGAGUCCAUUUCGAAGUUAAACCACACCAUGGAUCUGAUUGAGUACACAAGAAAGAACAUUGAUGGUGCCAACCAGAAGGUCACUGAAAAACUGAACGUGUUAAUGGGUUGGAAGUCUACAUCUCUGAGUGACUGUGACACAGAAAACAAGGCAGAGCUAAUUGAGUCUCGGACCUUGGCCGUCGCUCGCAACAUGACGCAGCAGCUACAGACGACUUGUUUGACCCUCGUGUCCAACCUCCAGGGCCUGCCACAAAACAUCCAAGAGCAAACACUGUCCAUUGGCCACAUGGCCAUGGAUGUCUACACCAGGUUCAACAGUGCUGCAGCUCUAAGCGACCUGUCCGACACAGUGCUCAUAAACACUCGUGUUCAGCUGAAACGCAUGAGAGAUUCUAUUGACAAUGUGAUGGAUUAUUUGGUUAACAACACACCACUCAACUGGCUGGUUGGCCCUUUUUAUCCUCACACAGAACCGACUAGCAAACCAAGGAGCCAGUCCAGUGAGGAGAGCAGUGUUCACCCUGAAGUGGAAAUGCAGUUAAUAGAUUAAGAACAUUAGUUUGCCAACACUAGGUCUAGGCAAUUUCCUCUGAAUUUCUGAUGACCUUUUGUUUUAGCUGAUGUUUGUUCUUGUCUUGAUGCUGAUAAUGUACAUUCUUUACAAUAAAAUACUACUCAUUCUAUCCCUCCAUCUACUAUCUCUAUCAGUACUAUUCAAUCUAUCACUAUCACUCUUCUACCCAAGAAAUAAACAAUUUGCAGUAUUUAUACCGUCAAUUAAUCCAUCAGACAAGUUUAACCUAAGACAGUUAACAAAUGAGAUUUGUUGCAUAAUCAACAUAACCAUGAAGUCCUUUCUUGUGAACCGUAUUGUUUUUGUACUGUCUUUUUAAUAAAAUCAUAAUCCUUUAAACCAU